CCGCCGCCGCCGCCCGCGGGGCUGGGACCCGAUGCGGUUGGAGCCGCGGAUCCUGGAGGAGCCCCGAGCGAGUUUGUAUGUCUCAAUGGAGAACUGCAUUUUAUAAAGAACUACAAAAACAUGAGGCAAUAUUAUGAAGAGGAUUUUAGGCAUAGAUUUUUUAACAGGUGUCUGCUUUGGAACAAUAUAUAUAAUUCCUUCAAGUAGUUUUAUAUGUAAAACUUGUAAAGGAUCAGAACAAUGCCUCCGCGACCAUCAUCAGGUGAACUGUGGGGCAUCCACUUGAUGCCCCCAAGAAUCUUAGUAGAAUGUUUACUGCCAAAUGGAAUGAUAGUGACUUUAGAAUGCCUCCGUGAGGCUACAUUAAUUACUAUAAAGCAUGAACUAUUUAAAGAAGCAAGAAAAUACCCUCUCCAUCAACUUCUUCAAGAUGAAUCUUCUUACAUUUUCGUAAGUGUUACCCAAGAAGCAGAAAGGGAAGAAUUUUUUGAUGAAACAAGGCGCCUUUGUGACCUUCGGCUUUUUCAACCCUUUUUAAAAGUAAUUGAACCAGUAGGCAACCGUGAAGAAAAGAUCCUGAAUCGAGAAAUUGGUUUUGUUAUUGGCAUGCCAGUGUGUGAAUUUGAUAUGGUUAAAGAUCCAGAAGUACAGGACUUCCGAAGAAAUAUUCUGAAUGUUUGUAAAGAAGCUGUGGAUCUUAGAGAUCUGAAUUCACCUCAUAGUAGAGCAAUGUAUGUCUAUCCUCCAAAUGUAGAAUCUUCACCAGAACUGCCAAAGCACAUAUAUAAUAAAUUAGAUAAAGGGCAAAUAAUAGUGGUGAUUUGGGUAAUAGUUUCUCCAAAUAAUGAUAAACAGAAGUAUACCCUGAAAAUCAACCAUGACUGUGUGCCAGAACAAGUAAUUGCUGAAGCAAUCAGGAAGAAAACCCGGAGCAUGUUGCUAUCCUCUGAACAACUAAAACUAUGUGUUUUAGAAUAUCAGGGCAAGUAUAUUUUAAAAGUGUGUGGAUGUGAUGAAUACUUCUUAGAAAAAUAUCCUCUGAGUCAGUAUAAGUAUAUAAGAAGCUGUAUAAUGCUUGGGAGGAUGCCCAAUUUGAUGCUGAUGGCUAAAGAAAGCCUUUAUUCUCAACUGCCAAUGGACUGUUUUACAAUGCCAUCUUAUUCCAGACGCAUCUCCACUGCUACACCAUAUAUGAAUGGAGAAACAUCUACAAAAUCCCUUUGGGUUAUAAAUAGUGCACUCAGAAUAAAAAUUCUUUGUGCUACCUAUGUGAAUGUAAAUAUUCGAGACAUUGACAAGAUCUAUGUUCGAACAGGUAUCUACCAUGGAGGAGAACCUUUAUGUGACAAUGUGAACACUCAAAGAGUACCUUGUUCCAAUCCCAGGUGGAAUGAAUGGCUGAAUUAUGAUAUAUACAUUCCUGAUCUUCCUCGUGCUGCUCGACUUUGCCUUUCUAUAUGCUCUGUUAAAGGCCGAAAGGGUGCUAAGGAGGAACACUGUCCACUGGCUUGGGGAAAUAUAAACUUGUUUGAUUACACUGACACUCUGGUAUCUGGAAAAAUGGCUCUGAAUCUUUGGCCAGUACCUCAUGGAUUAGAAGAUCUACUGAACCCUAUUGGUGUUACUGGGUCAAAUCCAAAUAAAGAAACUCCAUGCUUAGAGUUGGAGUUUGACUGGUUCAGCAGUGUGGUAAAGUUUCCAGAUAUGUCAGUGAUUGAGGAACAUGCCAAUUGGUCUGUAUCCAGAGAAGCAGGAUUUAGUUAUUCCCAUGCAGGACUGAGUAACAGACUAGCAAGAGACAAUGAAUUAAGAGAAAAUGAUAAAGAACAGCUCCGAGCAAUCUGUACACGCGAUCCUCUAUCUGAAAUCACUGAGCAAGAGAAAGAUUUUCUGUGGAGCCACAGACAUUAUUGUGUAACUAUUCCAGAGAUUCUACCCAAAUUGCUUCUGUCUGUUAAAUGGAAUUCUAGAGAUGAAGUUGCCCAGAUGUACUGCUUGGUAAAAGAUUGGCCUCCAAUAAAACCCGAGCAGGCCAUGGAGCUCCUGGACUGCAACUACCCAGAUCCGAUGGUUCGAGCUUUUGCUGUUCGAUGCUUGGAAAAAUAUUUAACAGAUGACAAGCUUUCUCAGUAUCUAAUUCAGCUAGUACAGGUCCUAAAAUAUGAACAGUAUUUGGAUAACCUUCUUGUGAGAUUUUUACUCAAGAAAGCAUUGACUAACCAAAGGAUUGGGCACUUUUUCUUUUGGCAUUUAAAAUCUGAGAUGCACAAUAAAACAGUUAGUCAGAGGUUUGGCCUGCUUUUGGAGUCCUACUGCCGGGCAUGUGGAAUGUAUUUGAAGCACCUGAAUAGGCAAGUUGAGGCUAUGGAAAAGCUCAUUAACUUGACUGACAUUCUCAAACAGGAGAAAAAGGAUGAAACACAAAAGGUACAAAUGAAGUUUUUAGUUGAGCAAAUGAGGCAACCAGAUUUCAUGGAUGCUCUACAGGGCUUUCUGUCUCCUUUAAACCCUGCUCAUCAACUGGGAAAUCUCAGGCUUGAAGAGUGUCGAAUUAUGUCCUCUGCAAAAAGGCCACUGUGGUUGAAUUGGGAGAACCCAGACAUCAUGUCAGAGUUACUGUUUCAGAACAAUGAGAUCAUCUUUAAAAAUGGGGAUGAUUUACGGCAAGAUAUGCUAACACUUCAAAUUAUUCGCAUUAUGGAAAAUAUCUGGCAAAAUCAAGGUCUUGAUCUUCGAAUGUUACCUUAUGGUUGUCUGUCAAUUGGUGACUGUGUGGGACUUAUUGAGGUGGUGAGAAAUUCUCACACUAUCAUGCAGAUUCAGUGCAAAGGUGGCCUGAAAGGUGCACUGCAGUUCAAUAGCCAUACACUGCAUCAGUGGCUCAAAGACAAGAACAAAGGAGAAAUAUAUGAUGCAGCCAUUGACCUGUUCACCCGUUCAUGUGCUGGCUAUUGUGUUGCAACUUUCAUCUUGGGAAUUGGAGAUCGGCACAACAGUAACAUCAUGGUGAAAGAUGAUGGACAACUGUUUCAUAUAGAUUUUGGACACUUUUUGGACCACAAGAAGAAAAAAUUUGGUUAUAAACGAGAACGUGUACCAUUUGUUCUGACACAGGAUUUCUUAAUAGUGAUUAGUAAAGGAGCCCAAGAAUGCACAAAAACAAGAGAAUUUGAGAGGUUUCAAGAGAUGUGUUACAAGGCUUAUCUAGCUAUCCGGCAGCAUGCCAAUCUCUUCAUAAAUCUUUUCUCAAUGAUGCUUGGCUCUGGAAUGCCAGAACUGCAAUCUUUUGAUGACAUUGCAUAUAUUCGAAAGACCCUAGCCUUAGAUAAAACUGAGCAGGAGGCUUUGGAAUAUUUCAUGAAACAAAUGAACGAUGCACAUCAUGGUGGCUGGACAACAAAAAUGGAUUGGAUCUUCCACACAAUUAAGCAGCAUGCAUUGAACUGAAAUGAUAACUAAAAAACUGAGAGCUCAAUAUCUGGAUUCUACACCGCACUGUUAAUAACUGUCAGCAGGCAAAGACUGAUUGCAUAGGAAUUGCACAAUCCAUGAACAGCAUUAGAAUUUACAGCAAGAACAGAAAUAAAAUACUAUAUAAUUUAAAAUAAUGUAAACGCAAACAGGGUUUGAUAGCACUAAACUAGUUCAUUUCAAAAUUAAGCUUUAGAAUAAUGCGCAAUUUCAUGUUAUGCCUUAAGUCCAAAAAGGUAAACUUUGAAGAUUGUUUGUAUCUUUUUUUAAAAACAAAACAAAACAAAAAUUCCCAAAAUAUAUAUAAAUGAUGGAGAAGGAAAAAGAAUGAUGUUCUGUUUGUCUUGCAAAUGCUCUGUGUUUCGACAUGUGGACACAACUAUAAGGCUGUUAUUGCAUUAGGACUGAGUCAACUGGAGUUUAUGUUGAAUUACAUAGAAUGGAAAAGGAUGACAAUUUCUUAUUUUUCCAUUGCUGUUCAAUUUAUAGUUUGAAGUGGGUUUUUUGACUCCUUGUUUAAUGAAGAAAAAUGCUUGGGGUGGAAGGGACUCUUGAGAUUUCUCCAGAGACUUUUUCUUUUUAAUAAAUCAAACCUUUUGAUGAUUUGGGGGUCUUAUCUGCACAAUUUUGGAAGCAGUCACAAAUGAGACCUGUAAUAAGGUGGUGUUUUUGGUUUUGGGUUUUUUGCUUUUUGUUUCUUUUUGACAGUAUUCUUAAUACCUAGGGAAAUUCUGGGCUCCCACAAAGUGAAAUAAUCAUCAUAGAAACAGAAUGAGCAGGAGUAGUUCUCAUUCCAGGAUUGUACAGUAUUCACCUUAAGUUGAUUUUUUUUCUCCUUUUGCAAUUGAACUGAACACAUUUUUCAUGCAUGUUUUCCAGAAAAUAGAAGUAUUAAUGUUAUUAAAAAGAUUAUUUUUUUUAUUAAAGGCUAUUUAUAUUAUAGAAACUAUCAUUAAUAUAUAUUCUUUAUUUACAUAAUCUGUCCCAUAGUCAUGCAUUGUUUUGCACCCCAAAUUUUUUAUUGUUGGUGGCAGCAUGGUUAGCUUUUCUCUUGGUCUAUAGGUGAGGCUCAGGCACUAUCCAAUUUACACCAUUAACCAGCGUAUAACUACUUAAGGAAAGAAGAUUAAACUUCAUCCUUCUUCCUUUUCUUCGCUUUUAUAUUCACAUGAAUCCCUGAUCUUCCAUCCUCCUUUAUGGUUGAGAAUGGCUCAAUCAUUCACAAAAUUAACACCAUUUAGACUAUCUUUCUGAAUGCUGAAACCCCUCUAUUGAGGUAUGCUGAUGAAUAAUACUUUAUAAUAUGGGGGAAUAGAAACCAUGAACCUUUUACCUUUUUAAGCUAUGUAUUCAUAUCUGAAUAAUAGAAGUAGGACAUUAAACCAUUGUAAGAUCAUAUCCUAUUAUCAAGUGGCCAGAGCUUACUCUCUGUCCUUAUUAAAUCCCAUUUAAGCACAGGACACAUUCUUAAAUAUGUUGAAAAGCAUUAACCAAGAUGUAGGAGUUAAUGCUAGUCAUCACUCUAGAAUCUGAUAUUUUACUCAGUAUUUGAAAUGAAUGGUUAAUGUCCUAGGAAAUAGCUUUAGCAAAUGCCCAGGUGCCACUCCAAAAAAAAAAAAAAAAAAGUGCAAUAAUUUACUGACAGUUUUCUAGAUAUUAUUGGAAAACAACUUUUAAAGAGUGCACACUGUAUACUCUAGUACAACAUCAUCACUUUUAAAGUACUCAUUUAUGAAAUCAGAUACCUAUAGUAGAAGUCUUGGAUAGUGAACAAGGGACUCUAAUACAAAUAUUCUUAAUAUCUGGCUAUUUUAGAACCCUUAAAGGGCAUAAUUAUUGAAGAUUUAGGUACUUCACUAAAGCAUGUAUAUAAUAUUGCCAACAAAAAGGUGAAUUUGAAAAUUAGGGUAACUUCUGUAAACUGUCUUGGAAUAGUUAAGCAGAAUUUAAACUGUUUUAAUGAGGAAACCAAAUAGAUUAUUUUGCAGAUACAGAGUUCAUAACUUAUUAAAACUUCACAGUCAACAUCUUGUAUUAUUUAGAUAUAAACCGCCAAUGCAUACUAAUAUCCCAGUGUUUUCUAUAUCAGGGAUAGAUUACAGGAAAACUCAGUGAAUAGUAUAAAUCUGAGACUUUAGGGGUAGAAACUGAAGAUUUAACAGAGAACUUUGUUUUACCCGAGUGCCAAAACUUUGAGCCUCCCCUAACAGAAUUCAUACAGUUUUUGCAUUUUUUUAACAUCAUCAGUCUAGAUAUUUGCCCACCCAUCUUCCCCUAGGUCCUCUCCACCAUUAAAACACACAAGCCACAUAAUUUAUUUCAUCAUUUAUAUUUAUUUUCAAGAGUUAUUACAACCAAAUUAAUUCUAUAUGAUUAAGUAUAGACAAAUUCUAUAAAGAAUACAGAUUAAGUAAAGAAAGAAAGGACAGGUAAUGCUCAGAAAGGCAGAAAAAACAAGAAUCGAAUUGAAUGCUACACGGGGUGCCUAGGAUCUGUUUCAAGUCAGCGACAACAUAGCCACUUCCAGGUACUUCAGUAUCCGAGAUCAGUUCACAUGGAUUGAUCAGUUCCUAUAGCCAACCCUCCUUGUCACUGAAUAUAGUGUGACUGACUUUUGGCUCUACAAUUUCAUUGGGUCACUCAAAACUAUUUCCUUCAAUAAUUAUUUUGGAGAAAAAAUAAAUAUAUUGUAGCAAGAAAUAAUCAACUGUUUGAAAAUCAUGCUUUAAACUUUUUACCAUAUUCUCAGCUAUACAAAAACAUUUAUUUUGAAAAUUUUUAGACUGCUGUUAAUUUGAAAUCUGUUAAUUUUAUUGUGGAAUUUGUUUUUUUUUUAAAAAAAAAAAAAGAUGUUUCUAAUUGGAUUUUUUUAAAGAAUGGAAUUUGGUUGCUAUUUUAUGAUAGAACCUAAGCUUUCUGUGGUUCUUAGUGUCCUCUGUAAAAUUUAGUGUCAAAGUAAUCAACUUUGAGGUUUUCCCUUCUAUUAUGCUUUAUAUUACAAGCCCAUUAGGAAAUGGGAACCUGGUGAAUAUAUAAUGAAUUGUAAAAUAUUUUAAUGUGUAAUUUUUUUCAACUGUGAAACUAUGAGUAUUGGUUUUUUGAUGAAAACAGCUGCUGAUCAAGUAUUUUGUGUAAAGCGUAGUUCUUAUUCAUCAGGAAAAUGAUGACUUGAUUAGACUGUAUAUACCCCCUUGGAUUUUACCUUAAAUGGAUUGGUGACUUUCACAUAGGUAAAACACAAUCCAUCUGUAUUCUUUUUUCCACCUAAAACUCAGUGCUUUGGCUCAUAGAAAAAAAUCGUGAGCAGUCUAUUUCAAAGGCACUUUGGAAAUUUCACAGCACAUAAAAUUGGAUUUAUUUUCUGAAUGAUUUUUGUACAUCCAGUUCAUGUUUUAAUUAGUAGCCCAUCCUUGCCAACUCUUUGAUAAAUUUAAUUUCAGUAGUAUUUUAAAACUAGCACAUUAACUUCUUCUGAAUAUUAUUCAGUUCCUUUUGUUUCUGUGUCUGCACAAUCUUCAGACCUGGGCUGGACCCAUAUACUCAAAGUCCACUUUAAAAAAUAAUUUGGUGUCCAAGACAUCACUGAAAUAAUUCAAUUUAAAGGCAAUAUGUGGUGUUAAUAGAUUGUGGUGCUUCUACUAUUUAAAGACAACCUUCAUACUUCAGAUGUUUUUGAAAAAAGGGGAAUAUGAAGGAGGGGGCAAAACAGGGAGGAGUCAUUUGAACUCCAUUCUUUAUAUCCAUCCUGCUCAGAUGGGGUGUCUCUAAGAGAAGGCUGAAAGUUGUGGGAAGACGUGAGUACCAUGACAGUUAACUCUUCAUGAAGGAUGGGAUUGUGAAUGUUGAAAUGUAAAAUUCAGCAUCAACAAUAUCGUCAGAUAAUAAUUCUUGGUGACAGAAUAAUACAGCUGGGCUGUUUUUUAAAAUAACAAAUGCAAAACCAUUUUUAAUUAUUACAUUAAAUUGUAAAUAUAUCGUAUGUGCCAUGGCCUGGGAAGCCUGUUUUCUUUUCUCUUAAAAGUUAUUUAACUCUCUGAAAAGAUUAUAAGGUUUAGCUCAAGAUAACUAUGGUCCUGAUAAAAUUGGAUGGUUAACUCUACCUCAGAAGACUAAUAAGAAAAAAAAAAAAAAAGAUGAGUCACAAUUCAAUACAUCAGGCAACAUUUUGCAGAGCACUCUAUUUUAGAGCUACAAAGACAGAGUUGGCAUGCCUUCUUUUAAAUGGAAUAGCAGAUAUUAAGAAAAGAUUUAGGCUAAAAUUCAAUCAUGGCUCCAGCCAUUUGGGAAAGGCUAUCAUGUGAGGAGGUUCAUGGUACGAGGUUCUUGAAUAUGGCAUUUAAAAUUUGUUUUGUUCUCUUUUCUUCACUAUUAGUACAUCUGAUGUGGUGUAUUUGCACACAUUUCGAUUUGUAUAUACACUGCUUUACCAGUCCUACUCGAGACAUCUUUUAUAAAAGGUGUAAACAAAUAUCAAAGUUCUAAAAUUCAGACGAGUUUAGAAUUUAUUAGGAGUCUCCCAAGUUGGGAUGUUAGUCUUUAAAGACACUUAUUUCAUUCAAGUAUUCCACUUAAGAGUUUUGUACUUCCUUGUUAUUAGUACAGCACCAUUCCUUUGGUUUGGUUUUAGGUGUGUUAAUAUUCCAGCAUUGCCAACUAGCAGAAAGUGACAAGUGUGAGCCAUAAGGAUAUUUUCUGACUUAAUUUUUUCAGAAGUACAUAUAAAAGAUGUAAUGGGAAAAGUAAAAAUUAGUGUAUUGUAUAUAUAGUGUUAAUUAGGUAACUGAUUUUCACUACCAACAUUAGCUUCUAUUCCUCAUGUUGGUAAGUACAGGGAAAGUUUUUAAAUGAAUUUUGUAAGCCACUUAAAGUCAACGAGUCUGUUUGCAAACUUAUUUAAUCUGUCACUACGAUAAUUUUGUGGGUGUGCUAAGAACUGUGUAUAUUUUUAGGUAUUCUUUUUGUUAAUCCUUCCCCUUAGCAAGAAGGCAGAAAACCUUCAGUGUUUCCUAUUAAAAUAUCUUUAAUAAGAUUAAACUCCUCAAUUCUAGUAUGAAUUUCUAAAUGUGGUCAUUAUCUAUUGAUUUCAUGUGACAAAAUCCCUUAUCAAGAUUUAAUUUAUGUUCCUAAGAGUCGUUGAAGAACCUGGCCUUCAUCUAAUUUCUAGAAAUGUAUUUUGUUAUGGAACCCAAGUUUCAAGUGGAGUUAGUGGUUUCAUUGUAAUUCAGUCCUUGGACGUAAUUGAGGAGAAAAAAAAUCUAAAAGAAUAUAUCCUUUUGGGACAUAACUUAUUACUUUAAUAUCUUGGGGAAUGUAACACUACCAAAAGAAGACCAAAACACAUCAUAUGUUUACUUUGGAAACUUCAACAAAGAACUCAAACCAUCCUUUUUGGCCCCAUUAAUUGUGGCAACUCUGUUUCUCUAUAUUUUGCUCAUUCAAUGAAUUGAAGACCUGUGGUAUAAUGCACUAGUUAGGAGAAAAAUGUUUUAAUGUUCUUUUAAUGAUGACCCAAAAAAGUAUUUGACACAGCAAGAUGCAUGUGUUAUUAUAUUGAGAAUAUAGAAUAAUUAUACGAUAUCACUAAAUUUAAGACCUCUUCCCAGUCUUGCUGUUCCUAGCAAGAAGUUUGGCCUGUGACUGCACUUCCUGUUUGUGCUCAUCAGAAACUGUCAAUGUCUGCUUUUCUUUAACUUUGCAGUCUGUAACAUCACGCUGUUUAUUAAAAAACAAAAAAAUUA